AUGGAGACGCCCACGGGAAGGAAGCGACCUCAUUCGGAAAUGAAUGAGUUCUGCUACUCGUUCGACCCUUCGCCCACCACCCCGAGUACCGCCGCUACAGGAACAGAACAAGCUUCUGGCGCUCUGCAGGGAGCAAUCCACCACGGCGACGGAUGGACUGCGAAAACGAACUCGACAGCAAUGCGGAGUGUCGUCGGCAGGGGCAUUGACGACCCGUUCCAAUCCACAUCCACAUCUACUUCAUCUCACGGAUGUGGCAGCCAGCUCAACCAUGUCAAUCCUGUCGAGAGCAUGUCGUCGUUUGAAUCUCCUGCUCCUGCUCCUGCUCGCCCCCAACCGGACAAUGCUUUCACAGAUGCAGACGCAGAAGAAUUCAUCAGAUUGAUCACAGCUGCCAUGGCUGAGGAUCCAACCCUAAACGGCGAUCUAGACAGUGAUCUCAGCGGUGACUUUGGCGACAGCAAUCCUACCGGCCAGAUCAAUGACCAAGUCGCUGCGAACGGCAAUGAUGGGCAAGACUCGAACUCCUCCUCCAACGCUGUCGUCGACUCAGAUGCUUCCUCGGCCCCCGGUACGAUUGACUCGAAUUUCUCUUCCUCCUCCAUUCCAGACAAUGUGAACUCCUCUCCUCCAAGUGGUUCGGUGCCAAUACCCAAUCCCACCAACAAUAUCUUCCAACGUCCAAGUCAGACCGCCGCAUUUGAGACCCUCAACAAUGCUGUCAACCUGCCAUUCCAGUUGGAGACCAUCGACUCUCAACUUGAGACAGCUACAAGAGAUGGAGCAACGCCUACAAAGCAACCAAGACGGAGCAAGGCCGGCCCUAGUGCUCACAUAUCUGGCAUCCCGCCGUCGUCACCGUCUGUGCAAGCCUCAGCCUCAGCUACUCACCCUUCAAGCGUCAAGACAUUGGGCAGCCCCUUUCAUCCCGCGUCUGCUCCAUCGAGACUUCAGCGAGACGUCCAAACUCCAAUUGACCUGUUCGAGACUCCCCCAACCACGGCCAGAAACCCUUGCACUCGCCUGAUGAACGGAGUGGAGGUGUCUCCCACCCCUGUCGCUGUCGGCCGCCGGGCAUCAUGUCAGCCUGCACCAAGAGCAAGACCCAAUAGCAAUAGGGCAAUACCGUUGAAUGCUGGUCAGCACCGAUCGCCAGCUCAUUCAGUCACGGCUACGACUGGCCCGAAGAGUUUGAGGAAUGGUGACCCGACCUCUCCAACCCUUCCCCCGGCCAAACGAGCUCGUACCACGACCCUCAGCUCGGAAAAUAUCGUCGUCAAAAUUGCUGCGUCGCAGAAUCAGAAUCGUCGGAUCUAUAGCGUUGUCCCCCAAUAUAACCUGGCUGAAUUGACCUCGCACUUCAACCAAGCAGACAUCCCUUCAGACCACAAAUGGCUGACUCGCAUGUACGGAGAUCCAGAGCCACCUCCGUCCAAGAUGGCUCAAAUGACUGGAUACGAGUUCCCUAUUCCACUGGUCACUGGCAUGUUGGCUCCCUCGGUAACACUGGCCAGCCUCGUGGCCAAGUCCACCAACGUCAACCAUCAGUUCAGGGGACGGCUGACACAACUGUUCAACGUCAAGGCUCAGGUCAAGUUCAGAUGCAGGCUCGCGGUCAGUCUCAGUCUCAUGGCAAUUAUGUCAUGCGGAAUCAGACUCAGACUGCUGCACAGCCACUCGGCCAAGGGUCCAUGCAAUGUCAAUCUUAUAUUCCGUCUCCAAGUCAGGGAUCCCUCCAGAGCCAGAACUAUGCUCCGGUCCAAGGUCAUCCUUCAACGCAAGGCCAAACCUACACUCAGUCAUCAAGUCAUGGUUCAAUGCAACGGCCAAACCACGCCCAGCGCCCGGCUCACAGUUUAA